UCUUCUUUUUUUUUUUUUCCAAACUUCAGAUUCCUCUUUAAUGGUGAAAAAAUCCUCCUCUUCAAGGCUCUGGUCGUCCCUACUCUUAUCUCCCCCCAAAACAAGAUUCUCCAAAAUCAACUCCUUUUCUGCUGCCGUCUUGAUGUGCUAUUUUAUCUCUCUAGAUCUUCCUAUCUUAGAAAAUCUUCUACAAGAAAGUUGUACAGUUUUUUCUGAGCCUUUCGUAGAUACUCAUAUUACUCUUUUUGGAGUUCUCUAACAAAAGUUAUGCUUCAAAUACUGAAAGGCGAUUCAUGAAAUUCAAGAAUUUAAAUUUGAAAAGAACGCUUAAUGAAGGGAAUUUGAAUUUGAAAAGGAAGUUUCCUCCUUAAUUCUCAUGUCUCCUUUAAUUUAUUUAUUCAUAAAUAAAAAAUAAACAAAAAUAAAUCAAGACUCUAACAAAUAAGAAAAUUAAACACAAAUUAGUAUAAAAAUAAAAGUAUUACAAAACUUGUAUAAAAAUUAAACACAUCAGCAAACUCCAUGAGAAGUAGAGUUUUUUAAACCUUAGGAAAGGUCGUUAAAAUUUUUGAAACCUCGGAAAGGUAUGUCCUUUUACAAAAAAAAAAAAAAAAAGAAAAAAAAAAGUGAUAUUGUAAGUAUCUUUUAUCCUAAAUAUAAUUAUUCAUUCAUUAACUAAGCAACAUUCAUAUUUUGAAUAAAAUAAAAAUUACUGGACUGAGUUAUUAUACUUACAAAAAGAAUUAAUGACUCUUUUGUGAAUGUAGAGUAGAAUUUAGGACAGUUAUUUUUGUCACUAACCUUUUAUUCCGCAUCUGAAAAAUAACUAAAACUCAUCACCACAGAACAGUGGCAAGAGCAGACCCUUUGGGGCCGGUUGGUUCCCAUGUUUGUCGCUUUCGAAAGGGGUUUCAGAGGAGAUCUAAUAACUUCCUAGUCAAGCAACUCAAGUCCUGGUGGCUGCUCUUUUGUGGUUUAACUCCACCAGUCACCACACUCCACACAAGCAUUUUCUGUAGAAUGGCCGCCGGUGGACCCUUCUGUCCCCAAAACAAACAAGGAAGAGCUCACGGGCGAAACACACCCCCACCGCUAUCCACAUUCACGAGACCUCCCGGGUUCAAUCAUACGCUAAACCUUGACCCUUGUGAACCAUUAUUCAUAAUAUAUUUAUAUGAAAUGAUAUGACAUCCCCACUAUCAUACAAACCCACAUUAUAGAGGUUCAAGCUUGGAACCUCGGGAAACUUGAAUCAACUGGACUGCAGCAGGAGGAGGUUCCGCCCAUUACAUUAUACCCUUCAAUUUUUCACCCCGUUGCGGCAUAUAUCUUUCCCACGAUCCAAACAAGAAAACACAAAACCAAGAAAGGACGCAUUACUAUGUAUCAUAGCUUUCUCCAGGCCCACGCAGUACCAGCAAUCCUACGCAUGCCCUUCAAAUUUCCAUAUAAAACCCUCAUUCGUCUGUGCCACAAACCGCCCUAAAGGUACCAGCUUCCCAUCUUUGGCUUCUUCCCUCCGCGAUCCAGAAGAAAUGAAGCUCCAUUUUCUUCUUUUCCUUACUAUCAUUAUGAACGGGAAUAUUGAUUUUCUGGUCUCUUCUAACCCGUGCCCGGUACCCAAACCCGGCCCGAAAAAGCCCGACAACGAGAGCAUAUACCAAGUGUCGAAGCAGCUGUGCUGGGGGUGCGUUGGAGAGUCCCUUCAGUUCUUGUUUGCCCAUAACGUGGCGAGGGCGGCGAAGUGGGAGCUGCCGCUACUGUGGGACUCCCGGCUGGAGACGUACGCGCGGUGGUGGGCGGGGCAGCGCAAAGGCGACUGCAGAGCGGAGCAUUCGUUCCCGGAAUACGAGUUUAAGCUGGGGGAGAACAUUUACCGGGGAAGCGGCUCCGCGUGGACUCCCAACGACGCCGUGGGCGCGUGGGUGGAGGAGGAGAAGUUCUACACGUACGCGAACAACACGUGCGAGGAGGGAAAGGUGUGUGGUCACUACACGCAGAUCGUGUGGAAGGACACGCGUCGACUCGGAUGUGCCCGGUUGGUGUGCGACGAUGGAGAUGUGUUUAUGACGUGUAACUACGACCCGCCCGGUAAUUACAUGGGCGAGCGCCCGUAUUAAAUAGUGCAGAUUAAGUUCGUGUGUUUUGCGUUUGGCUUUGGAUGUUGGUGACUGAUGCAAUAUAAUUUUUUUUUUUAGUAAUGGAGAAAUAUAUAUUACUUGGAAAA